AUGGCGCCUCAUUCGUUUUUGUCGUGUUUUUCUGUGGGCAUCGUUGGAUUGUUGGCAGCUGGUGCCAAUGGUGAAGAUACGCUGGAUUAUGAUGUGCUGGAGUAUAUAAACCCGCUUAUUGGAAGUGCCGGAGGAGGCAAUGUCUUCGCCGGCGCGUCGAUACCGUACGGCAUGGCCAAAGCCGUUGCCGACACGGACUCACCGACUAACCAAGGAGGAUUUGCGUACGAUGGCAGCAAUAUCACCGGCUUCUCGGGUCUACAUGAUUCGGGCACCGGCGGAUCCCCAUCGCUUGGCAAUUUUCCUCUAUUCCCAUACGUCAAGUGCGACGACGACGAUGUCAAUGGCUGCGCCUAUCCCAAAAAAGACCGCAAGAUCGGCUACGAUGCAAACUCUGUAACCGCAAGUCCUGGAUAUUUUGGAUUAACGAUGAAUUCGGGGAUUAUGGUGGACAUGACAGUCUCCCAUCAUACAUCGCUCUUCCGCUUCCGUUUCCCGAGCGAGAGUGAUGCGAGUCCGUUGAUUUUGCUGGACUUGACGGACUUGUCGGAUAGUAGGCAGGAUAAUGGAACUAUAUCUGUUGAUCAAUCCACAGGCCGGAUGACAGGCCAUGCACGCUUCUUACCAAGUUUUGGAAGUGGCUCCUAUAUUCCUUACUUCUGCGCGGACUUUCAAAGCGAGGCAGGAUUACGAGAUAGUGGGAUUUUCGUCAAUUCGCGCGCUAGCACGGAUGCCAAAGAGCUUAGUAUCUCCCGCAGUAUAAACGGAUAUCCUCUCCCGGGCGGCGCGUUUGUCAGAUUCAAUUACACAACCGACCAAACGAUCCAAGCCCGUGUCGGCAUCAGCUUCAUCAGCAGCGAACAAGCAUGCAGGAGUGCAGAAUCUGAAGUUCCAGAUUUCAACUUCCCGGGAACACAUUCCGUCGCGUUGGGCAUUUGGACGGAGAAGAUGGCUCCUAUUAGGGUAUCGAGGAAGGGGGUGAACUCGUCCCUUUUGACUAAUUUUUAUAGUGGGAUCUACCGUACUAUGAUUAAUCCGCAAGAUUAUACCGGUGAGAAUCCAUUGUGGGAGAGUUCGGAGCCAUAUUUUGAUUCGUUCUAUUGGUACGCUGUCCUUUUUUUGUGGGACUCAUUCCGCUCCCAACUACCCUUCUUAACCAUCUUUGACCCUAAAUCUGUGACUCGGAUGAUACGCUCAUUAAUCGACACCCAAAAACACCUAGGUUGGCUCCCAGACUGCCGCAUGUCCCUUUGCAAAGGCUACACCCAAGGGGGCUCCAAUGCCGACAUCGUCCUCGCAGAUGCCUACAUAAAAAACCUAACUGAAAAUAUAGACUGGUCCGCUGGCUAUGCCGCCGUCAAAAAGAACGCCGAGGUAGAACCCUUCGACUGGUCUGCGCAAGGCCGCGGCGGGCUCGACAGCUGGAAAUCCCUACACUACAUCCCCGUCGAAGACUUUGAUUAUGUUGGUUUCGGGCCGAUGACGAGGAGUGUCUCGCGGACGUUGGAGUAUGCGUAUAAUGAUUUUGCAGUUGCGCAGAUUGCGCGAGGAGUCGGAGAGAUCGCGGAUGCGGAGAGGUUUGAAGAGAGAGCUGGGUAUUGGAGGAAUCUGUUCCGGGAGGAUCAGGGGUCGUCUAUCAAUGGGGAAGACACAGGGUUUAGGGGGUUUUUUCAGCCGAAGUUUUUGAAUGGGAGUUGGGGGUAUCAGGACCCGAUCACCUGCUCAAGCAUUGACAUCAGCGGCCGCGCAUGCUCCCUGCAGAACAACGCUGCAGAGACCUUCGAGGACAGUAUCUGGGAAUACCAAUUCUUCGUCCCCCACCAAAUGCACACCCUAAUAACCCACCUCGGCGGCCCCACCCCCUUCACAACCCGUCUCGACUAUCUGCACAACAAACACAUAACAACUAUAGGCAACGAACCCUCCUUCCUAACAGUUUUCCAAUACCACUACGCCGGCCGGCCCGCGAAAUCAACCCUCCGCGCGCACACUUACAUCCCCUCGUCAUUCGCCCCCACGAUCAAUGGUCUACCGGGUAAUGAUGAUAGUGGUGCAAUGGGAUCGUUUGUGGCGAUGGCGAUGAUGGGUCUUUUUCCGAAUCCGGGACAGGAUGUUUAUUUAAUAACUGCGCCGUUUUUCGAGGUGGUGGAGGUUACUUCUUCGGUCACUGGGAAUGUGGCUAGAGUGAAGUGUGUAGGUUUUGAUGCCGGAUAUAAGAGGGUGUUUGUGCAGGAGGCGUUUUUAGAUGGGGAGCGGUAUGGCAGGAAUUGGGUAGGGCAUGAUUUUUUUACGCGGGGACGGGAGUUGGUGCUUGUUCUUGGGGAGAGGGAGAGUGAGUGGGGGACUGGGGAAGGGGAUUUGCCGCCUUCAUUGGGUUAUUAG